UGUUGUUGUUGGUUUCUUAGGUUCUAAGCUUUGGAAGCAGUCUAUUAAGACUGGCUUUUCUACCAUAAAGCUAAGCCAUCUGCCACACAUCCACAAACCCUACUCUUCAUACUCAUGGAUGGUAUGAACCAUUUUCCUACGGAUGAAUGGAUACAACAGUAUCCCAACACAGCCAUGGCUGGGGCAGGUGGUGAACCAUAUGAUGCUACUUCCACAGCGAUCUACAGAGAUUCUAGCCAAGGAACGACUGCCCAGGCUGGUGAAGCUGGUCCUAAACCCAUACGAAGGCGGUCGAGGGCAUCCCGGAGAACACCGGUCACCGUCCUGAAUGCUAGUCCAACUGAAUUUAGGGCGUUGGUUCAACGCUUCACCGGCUGUGAUAGCAAAGAAAACGCGGCUUCGGCUUCGAUGGUCAAUUUACCAAAAGGUCCUGUCAACAUAGACUUUGCAAGGAAUGAUGCAACUGAAAGUUCAUCAAGGUAUGCAUACUUUGAUAAUCAGGCCAGGUCAUCUCUACAAGCUGAGCAAGUGCAACAAGUAGGUGGCUGGAAUCAUUUGCAGGCUGGCUAUGGAAUACAGAAUGCUCCUGGUAUGCAUGAAUCCAUUGAUGAAUCUUCAUUAAUGGCACCUCAAAGAGAUGGUGGCAACCAUGGGUAUAAUGUUUGAAGGUGUUUUGGACUUUUCAUUUAUAUAUAGUUUUAUUAAAUUUUACUUAUUACAUCCUUAUGCAGCUAGUGCAGUUUGGUUCAGAUAAACAAUAAAAUGCCAGUCGUUUUACCUAACUUUCAUGUUUCAUGAUCAGGAUUUCAUUUAGAAUUGCAGCUUUAGCUUUUCCAUGUAAAUAGAGUUUGUUUUGGAAUAUUAUGGAUUUCACACCAUAAAUCAUUGAAGUU